UCUUGGCGGGCGGGUCUCGCCGCUUUGCCCCCGCGGGCGGCUCUGAACCGGCCCCAGGGGCCGCGUAUCCGGCCAAGGAGGGUGGCGCGCCGCCCCGGCUCCUGAGUCCCUCCCGAAAUUCCCGAGCACCAGGGGAUGCUCCCCUCAGCCCAGAUCGGGGAGCCUCGGCGGGGAAAGGCCCGAGAAGUCCCGGGACGUAGCCCAGGCUGGGAAGGGGCGAAGGAGGCCCCGGGAGCCACGCGGCGUAGCUGCCGGUGGAAGGGGCGGGAGGCCGCUUCCCUGGCCCCAAACCGCGGGCUGGGCGGGCUUGUGAAUGGCGGAAGAGCAGAGCUCCUGCCCAUGCGCAGAGUUCUUCCACCCUGACUUUUUCCUCAACAACAACAAAAAAAAAAAGUGUGUGUGGGGGGGGGGCGCCCGUUAGACGAGCUCUAUGCUAGGCUCAGUGGGGAACGGAACCGUAUCUAUAUUUAUAUUUUAUUUAUAUAAAUCGAGGUAGCGCCCAUCUCCCUUUCCUUGCGCGGGGCUCGCCCUGAAUUUGGCCCCCCCCCCAUUCGAAAGUGGCGGUGUGUGUGUGUGUGUGUGUGUUGCGGGUCUGCUGAAGGGUGAGCAGGUGCUGCGCUGCUCCUUUCCGUAGUUGGGCUUGGCGGCUGUGCCAGGAGUGCAAAAGAGCGGGCAGCCCCGGGGGCCUCAGGCUGCCCCGCCUGCCAUAGGCCUCGACUUUAGGAAGCCGCCUUGGGGUUCGCACAACCCACUGGAUUUUGUGAGAAUGGGGACAGGAUAUACAUUUUGUAAGAAAUAAACCCAAACCAAGCAAGCCACAUUCAGGACUGUGAGGAAGAGUUUCCCGCUGAUAAGAUCUAUCAACCAUGGAACAAAUAGGCUGCCAGAGGAAGUGAUCUUGGGGUGUCUUCAAAUAAGAGGCCAAAUAACCACCUGCAGGCAUCUGAAAUGCUGCAGCAAAUCCUGCACCAAGGAGGAGACUGGCCUAGACGACUUUCCAGCUCAGCUCUUCUUGUGCUCAGAAUGACUUGUUUUCAGAUAAACACAUGCAGACUUUCACCGGGUUUGCCACUAUGGAGCCUGUAAGCAUUGACAACCUGUCAAUUUUGUAUCAAAGUGAGGACUUCAUUGUGGUCAACAAGCACUGGGAUGUCCGCAUCGACAGUAAGAUGUGGUAUGAAAAGCUGACUCUGCAGAGUCAGCUGAAAUACCGAUUUCCAGAACUUGCUGAUCCAGACACUUACUAUGGCUUCAGGUUUUGCCACCAGCUGGAUUUCUCCACCAGUGGGGCACUUUGUGUGGCACUGAACAGAGAGGCGGCUGGCAGUGUAUACAAGUGUUUCAAAAAUCAGACAGUCACCAAGGCCUAUCUUGCAUUGGUGAGAGGCCACAUCCAGGAGGCAAAGAGGACGAUCUGCUUUGCUAUAGGGAAGAAUACGACUGAAGGGCUGACUCACAUGAUGUGCAUUGAAGGGACCGAUGGUUGCAAAAGCCCGAAACCUUGUCGGUCAGAACUCGUAGUCCUUGAAUAUGGGUUGUACAGUGGAGAGCCAGCAACAAAAGUGCUUUUACAGCCUCUCACAGGAAGAACGCAUCAGCUCCGGGUCCACUGCAGUGCCAUUGGGCACCCAAUUGUUGGGGACUUUACCUAUAGCUUUAAGAAGGACAAUGCUCCAUAUCGGAUGAUGUUGCAUGCGUAUUAUUUGUGCAUUCCAACCAACAAGGAGCUUAUUGAAGUGAGCGCUCCAGACCCCUUUGUUCCCUCCUUUGACAGCAGUUGGGUCCCUCAGCGUCUUACACACCACUUGGAUGAGCUGAUCCAGGAAUUGAAAGACAAGGGCAUCUGGGCAGGGAAGGAAGAAAAGCAGGAAGAUCCAUUUGCUGUCCUAAAUUGUGACGUCACACCUGAAACGAAGACCCAAGAGAUGGAGGAACAGCAAACCCACUGCAAGCAGUGGUUGUCUGAAUGGGCACCGGAAUGAAAUAGCUACUCCUUUGCGACUGAAAUGGAAGCCAUCUCUGGGGCUUGUGAACAGCCUCGAUCCCUGGACUAAAUAAGGGCACAUUUCUGCUUUAGUUACAAAUUUCCCCAGGAAUGAGGAGCACUGCAGUCCUAGAUUGUCAUUCUAAAAGUUCCGUGCCGGCAUUGCAAUAUUUUAGUUCUCUUGGCUCAGCAGUCAGGAGAGAGGACAGCCAGACAAGAUUGGUGAUUUUAUUGGACGUACAAAGGGGCUGAAUUGAGGUGUAGGUAGUCCCCAAUUUAUGACCACAAUUGAGGCCAAAAUUUCUGUUGCUAAGCAAGACAUUUGUUAAGUGAAUUUUGCCUCAUGUUAUGACCUUUCCUGCCACAGUUGUUAAGUGAAUCACUGCAGUUGUUAAGUUAGUAACAGCUAUCAUGUAAAUCUGGCCUUCCCAUUGACUUUGCUUGUCAGAAGGUCAUCACAUGACCCCGGGUCACUGCAACUGUCAUAAAUACAUGCCAGUUGCCAAGCA